AUGCCUCCCAAAUCACGAUUCACAAGGCUUGAUGCCUUUACCAAGACUGUCGAGGACGCCAGAAUACGGACCACUUCUGGCGGUAUUGUCACCAUCGUCUCUCUGAUCGUCGUACUAUGGCUUGCAUGGGGAGAAUGGGCCGACUACCGGAGAAUCGUCAUCCACCCGGAGCUCAUAGUCGACAAAGGGCGAGGAGAGCGCAUGGAAAUCCACAUGAACAUUACCUUCCCCAAGCUCCCCUGCGAGCUUCUUACCCUGGACGUCAUGGACGUGUCCGGUGAACAGCAACAUGGUGUCAUGCACGGAGUGAACAAAGUCAGACUUCAGCCUGCCUCUCAAGGCGGCGGCGUCAUCGAUAUGAAAGCUCUGGCGCUUCACGCCGAUGAUGAAGCUGCGACCCAUCUCGAUCCCGAAUACUGUGGAAGCUGCUACAGUGCGCCGGCUCCCUCCACUGCCGUGAAGCCUGGAUGCUGUCAGACCUGUGACGAAGUCCGAGAAGCCUAUGCCCAAGUGUCGUGGGCUUUCGGAAGAGGCGAGGAGGUUGAGCAGUGCCAGCGCGAGCACUACGCCGAGAAGUUGGAUGAGCAAAGACAGGAAGGCUGCCGUGUCGAAGGUGGUCUGCGCGUCAACAAGGUCGUUGGAAACUUCCACUUCGCCCCUGGCCGAAGUUUCAGCAACGGCAACAUGCACGUCCACGACCUCAAGAACUACUGGGAGAGCCCCGUCAAGCACUCCUUCGAGCACACCGUUCACCAACUGCGGUUUGGCCCGCAGCUUCCCGAAGACCUGGCAACCAAGAGCUCCAAAAACACGCCGUGGACUAACCACCACCUGAACCCCCUCGACGACGUAAAGCAGUCCACCGAUGACCCCAACUUCAACUUCAUGUACUUCGUCAAGAUCGUCCCGACCUCGUACCUGCCUUUGGGCUGGAAGCACAGCGGGUCAAACCGCAACCUGGACGACAGCGCCUGGAUUGGAAGCUACGGACAAUCGUACGACGGCAGUGUCGAGACUCACCAAUAUUCAGUCACGAGCCACAAGCGAAGCUUAUCGGGUGGUGACGAUGCUGCUGAGGGCCACAAAGAAAGACUCCACGCCCGUGGUGGUAUCCCUGGUGUUUUCUUCUCCUAUGAUAUCUCCCCGAUGAAGGUCGUCAACCGUGAGGAGCGUGCCAAGACCUUUACUGCUUUCUUGACAGGCCUCUGCGCUGUUCUGGGCGGUACGUUGACCGUCGCAGCAGCGGUUGACCGCGGAGUCUUUGAGGGUGCUACAAGGUUAAAGAAGCUUCGCUCGAAGGAUCUAUAG